GCGGGCCUGGAUCGCGGCGGGAUGAGGCCUCGGCGGGACAGCUCGGUGCUGGGCAGCCCCGCGGUGGCCGUGGCGUUCCCGGGAGCUGUGUGCCGGGGUAGCGGCUACCGCUUCGCCUGCGAGCUCCUGAAGCACGUCCUGCACCAGCGGAACCAGCUCCCGCUGCCCUACGAGCAGCUGGCCUACUUCUGCCGGCGGGCGGCCCAGGGCGGAGAUGGAAUUGAGAAACCGCAUUCCCUGGGUCUGGCAAGCAGAAAGUGCCAGCAGCUGCUGACAGAGCUGGAGGGAUUGUUCCAGCACCUGGAAGUCAUGUUUAGUCUGACCCUGGUUCCUCGAGUUCUUUUCCUACUUGGAGGCAACGUCAUGAAUCCCAAGGAGCUCUAUGAACUGAAUUUGGAGGCAUUCUGUGAGGGCUCUGCUGAAGAGAGCCUCCAGACUGCGCCCUGUGUUCGCCAGCUCUUUCACCGCCUGUUUGUUGCUGAUGUCUUCAGUGAACUUAAGGCUCUCCCUGUCACAGGCACUCUUGUCCUGCUCCAGGGCCACCGUGACUGUGGUGUUGAGUGGUUCCGGCCCAAGCUCAACUACCAAGUGCCGAGCCGAGGGAGGAAGCUGACUGUUAAGUUGUCCUGUGAUGGGGACCUCCAUGUUAGUGCCUCACCUCCACAGCACACAGCUCCUGCUUGGGAGGACUAUGUCUGGUUCCAAGCACCCGUGACUCUCAAAGGCUUUAGUGAAUGAAUGGUUUCUGUAGAAAUUUAACUGGAAUAUUGAUUACUUUUCUUUAGCUGUUAAUUUUAGCAAAUGUAACCAUGUAUUUUUGAACCAUGUCUGUCUGAAUUUUUUUUUCAUGGUGUCUACUGCCUUCCUGUAUCUUGCUGCGCUCCUAUAUUGUCUUUAUUUCCUUUGUUGUUGUUGAAGGCAAAUCCACCUUAAGGCACAGUUGCACACAGGUCCAGCGAUUCUUUAGGAACCUGAUCUGUGACUCAGGAUGAAUUAAUGUGUUGGGAGUAAAACUUCCCUGCUGAGUGCUUGCUGAAGUGGUACAUCCAAUGGAUACAUCCAAUCUCCUUCUGAGUUUUAAUAUGGCCGUUUUCUGACCCUGCCUUUGCCAUGUUACCCAUAGGCUCUUAAGUGAAGUUACUUCCUGCAAAAUAACUCUGAGAGGAAAUCCUGCAGUCCUUAAAAGGUUUCCCCCAGCAGGAAAACCAGUGGGUAAAACCGGAGCGGGACACAGAAGUAGCAUUGUUUCAGAAGAGGGAUUUAUUUCCAGCUGGUAAAGAAUGGGGCAGGAUGAAGGCAGUUCCUCUGCAAAGGGCUGGAGCUGCCCGGGCUGCCGGGGAGAUGGGUGGAGCUGCUUCCAGGGGCCCCUGGCAACCCUGCGAGCAACAGCUGCAGAUCCAGACGCUGCCCAGCUGCCGGAGUGUGUGCCCUACUUGAGUAUUCAAGUGCUUGUCCAUCUAUAUUGGUGAUAUUACACUUUCCUAUAGCUCACUUUCUGUUCCUUGACAUUCCAAAGUAAGACUUGUCAGCAACUAAAAAAUCUUGUAGCUACUGCUGUCUUGGAAAUGGAAAGAGACUGGUACUGUGGAGGCAGGGUAACAAUAAGCAAUUUUUUUUUCCUAAUCUUUACCUAACAGCCCUGACAAUUGGUUAGAUAUAAAAGUAAGCAGUUUCUUUGCUAACCCUCUUCAGAGAAAGUUAGAAGUGCUGCUGCAGUUAUGGAAGAUUACUCUCACUGGAGGAAGAAACUUUGACUUAAAUGUUUCUUAAAUGCAUAGAAAUCAGGGGAAAGUGUUAAACUUGAUCACAGUCUUUACCUGCCAAAUUCGUGUUCUUAGUCAGACUGUAUUACCUAGAAUCAGAACUUGAGUCUAUUCUUCUGGGCUGGUGUCUACUGCAGAAUGGGACAAGGAGAGAAGCCCUGAGAGCAAUGUGUUAGAACUAGAUAUCUGCUGGAGUUGUCUUCAGUCAGCUGGGCUAUUAUCUGUGCUGUAAUGAGCUUUCAGUAGCUUGAAAGAACUCCAUCCCAUUUGAAGAGAAAGGUAAACCUACUGGUAGUGAGGGUACUUGCUGUUACUGGUCAAAAAUGCACAAUGGGGUGGUAAAAGUCCUUUGUGAAGAGGGUGCAUACUUUAACUUUGACCUCUUGGAUGGAAUGAGAAGUAGGAAUUUAAUAUGAAAUUUUUGAGCUUGGAGAACACUAGAGUGCCCUCUCUGCUGUAGUAUCCAUUAAUAUCUGUUUACAAUGUGCAGUAGCUGCUUCUUAAGCUUGUUAUAGGGGAAAAACUUUGAGUGAAGAAAGCUGCCUAUGUGCAGCUGCCCACUUGAAUAUGAAAUCUCAGGUCUCUUGAAGAAAAUAUAACUUGAAUGUAGGAGUGUUUGUGCUCAGGAGAAUAAAACCUUUUAUGCUUCCACCAAAGCUGCUUGUAACAUGUUUAAGAAUGCACAUGACCAAGUGUUUAAAGAAGCUGUUAAACAGAA